AUGUACCAGGACAAUCGGUUGACUUUUGGACUCAUUCUUCAACAUUUAAAUGAGAAUCAGAGUCUGAAUCAAGACACAAAGACUAUACCCUUUGAUUGGAGGGACUGGAUUGAUUUCACCUAUUUCAACACCCAAUUGGCCAAACCGGCAGAAGAACGGAUCAAAUGUGAAGAUAUCUACCAUCACAUCAACUUUGUCACUCCCAGCAAUGAGAAAAUUGCAAAGAAAAACUCCAGAUUAUGGGGGUGCAUCAAUUCAUACGACUUGACGACAACAGAAAUGGCAAGAAUGGGGUUCAAGAAUGCCGACCACCUACCAGGUUUUGUCCAAUUCAAGUAUGCCCCAUUCACGGCGAGUGAAUGCGUGCGGAACUUACAGGGCAAGAGUUACUUGUUAACCAAACAGCCAAUACCGUACAAAGUCAUCUUUUUAAACGACCGCGGGGAAGACCUCAUUUAUGAUGUGAGGAAAGGCCGAAUUUUGGAACUAGCCACAACUUAUGAGGAUAGAAUUGACCCAGUGGAACAGUUUGACCGACUCAUCUCAUCACUCAACAACAGUAAUGAUAACAAUAACAAUAAUAAUAACAACAACAAUUACAAUUACAAGCCGAAACCUUUACUUGAGAUACCCGAGUCUCUGUUCAGGUAUGACAGGCUGAAGGCGCGCAAGAUAGCCAAAAGAUUGGAGCAAAAACAGACUGUGCUAACAAGAAACGAAAAGUCCUUUCUUGAUUCCAUUUCCACUACGUUCAGCGCGACUCCAAACAAGAAUUCCGAACUGCGAUAUUUCAAAGAGGCUACAAUGAGGCUAAACGACGGGAAUCGCGAUAGCGGUUGGCACUACGAUUGGAGGUUUUUCAAUGGCAAGCUCUCCUACAACAAUCACCGCACGGCCAUUAUAUUGGAGCGGCUAAUGCGCAAUUGGUUCAAAUUCACAACAAAGCACAAUAUAGUCAGCUGGAUAGCCCAUGGUCCACUUCUUAGCUGGUAUUGGAACGGCGGUGUUUUUCCAUUUGAUAACGAUUUGGACAUGCAGAUGCCCAUCGAACACUUGAUAAAAUUGGGAGAGCUUUUCAAUCAAACGAUAGUGGUUGAAGACAUGCACGAAGGGUUCGGCAAAUACAUGAUAGAUGUUGGCACAUUUAUCCAUAACCGGAAAAUCUCAGAACGAGGCAACCACAUCGACGCGAGAUUCAUUGAUAUAGAAACUGGAGUGUACAUUGAUUUGACAGGAAUUUCAUCGAGCGGUGCCGUGCCUCCAGGAAAGUGCUAUCAAAACAUCCAAGACGAUAAAGACGAGGGGCCACUUUUGCAGCACGAGGAGGAAACGUUUAAUGAUCGACGAGUCCACUUUUACCACUUCAGUCAAAUAUCACCAUUGAAGUUGUCCAUGAUUGACGGCGUCCCUUGCUAUGUCCCCAAUAGCAUCAUUAAGCGUCUCAAAUACGAGUACGCGGAAGAUUCCUUGGCAAGAUCAGACUAUGACGAUUGGUUUUUUGUCCCACGCUUGGGCAACUGGAUACAUUUUGACGACUUAGAACAAGUUUUCAAGCCUGAGGACUACAUCAAAGCCAAUGGCCGCAAGAACAAACAUAGGUUCCUCAGACUUAUUGACAAUCUUUCGGACCAAGAGAUAUACCAGCUCCUCAUCAAGUCUUCUGCUGAAACGGGGAUAUCCAGAUCCAAUUCGGUGCUUAUCAAUUUUUACAAAGCGCAGCAAACAUUCCAUGAUGAGGAGAAAAAAUUUCUUUUCAAAAUUGAUGCUACAAAGAAGCGGAACAAGAACGACGUAAAGGAGGGCAAAUUAAUGGAUGACAGUUCCAAAAGUCAAGAUGAGCAGUACUUGAAAUUUGUCGAAGAACGCGUCAAGUUGUCUUCUCCAAUUCGACAAAGUCUUUUUGAGUACGAAAAGAUUGAAGGUUCAAUCCAAGAAUUCUAUGCUAGAGCUGAACGCGACAUGAGCCAAAUCAGAAUCAAGGGGUUAAAGAAGGAGCAAGCUGCAGUUAGUCUGCAAGCAGAAGAGUGA